UGGUGGGCAACGUUGUUUCCGGCCAGAAAGACUAAGUACCAUUGCAAAGGUGGCCUCUACUAUCUUGUUUGUGUAAACAGCGACCUAUUCAUUGUGAAGCCACAGCCGAUUGUCAACGAUGACUUUCAUGGGCACUACCAGAUAAUUGAUCCCCCUCAAUAUUAGCCAACAAUCUGCCAUUAUCGAGCGAUCCUUCCGCCACCACUCUGCGGGGCAAUUCGAGUAAACGUCACAAUAUAUAAAUCGUUUUCGGUUCUGGUUCUGAUAAAACAGACAACCUUCGACAAGUCCGAUUUGCAACAUCUUCCCACCUCACAACCUAAACUCGUGCGAACAGAGUGAAAGAUGGCAGCCGAGAACACUCCAAUCCGCUCCAGCUGUCACUGCGGCGCCAUCACAGUCACAGCUCCACGACUGCCCGAAUAUAUCAACAUCUGUCAAUGCACCAUAUGCAGACGAUACGGCGCCGCAUGGGGCUACUACCACCCGGACGAGGUCAAGAUCGAGACGAAGCCAGGCGCAAUCACGAAGCAGUACAUCUGGGGAGACCGAGACCUAUCUUUCAACUUUUGCGAUAAUUGUGGUUGCGUAUGCUAUUGGUGGCCGCUCCGGCCUCCCCCUGGUGAAGGAGGAGAGUAUCAGAUGGGGCUUAACACUAAUAACAUGGAUCCGGAGGUGCUGAAAUAUGUCGAUCGGAGGAUCGAGUAUUCGGUCUUGAAAAGCCGGGUGCGCUCGAAAGACACCGCGCAUGCUGAUGAUCCGGCGACCUAUUGAGCCUGGUCUCGAAGACCUAUGAUACGUGCGGUAGCAAGGCGGAAGAAGGCCAUGACUCAAUAGCACUCCAACAUCACCAAAAGAGACGGCAUUGGUCGC